AUGGCGGCUUCCGAUGAACUGGUUGAUUUUGAUAUCAUCGAGGCACAAAAGGAAAACGUUCAAUCACUGCCUGGUGGCCGAUCAGCUCGAGAGCUCGCCCGAAUCUUUUCAGGUGGCAGCAACAGUGACAAAAUUCCAUCGCCAUCACCAAACGGAACACGAACUAUUAACGAUGCUAUGCGCCAAGAAUACGAAAGUGAACUGCAAUCAAUAGGAGAAUCGGACGAUCCCCUUGACGUUUACGACCGAUAUGUAAAAUGGACCCUGAACGCCUAUCCGUCCGCACAAGCAACUCCCGAAUCUGGCCUACUACCUCUCUUGGAACGGGCAACAAAGUCUUUCCUUUCAAGUUCACAUUACAGAAAUGAUCCUCGAUAUCUACGACUAUGGCUUCAUUACGUUCGACUCUUCUCCGAUGCCCCACGCGAAACAUUUGCAUUCCUCGCCCGUCAUCGGAUCGGUGAGAGCUUAGCACUAUUCUAUGAAGAAUUUGCUGGGUGGCUAGAGGGCGCUGGACGCUGGUCACAAGCCGACGAGGUUUACAGGCUGGGUAUGGACCGCGAGGCGCGACCGGUGGAGAGGUUGGCACGGAAAUACAACGAGUUUCAACAACGAUACGAUCAACGCGAACAAGAUACCGGCCCGUCUUCGCCCGCUUUACCGAAAGUUCGUCCCGCGCUGGCCGCCAAGAUGGAUCCAUUCGCCCCAUCCGAUACCGUUGCGGAUCCUCAAGCAUCACGGUCCUCGCCUCAGGCGGGUGCUGCUCCGAAGACAAAAUCCGGAAAGCCCAAGAUGGCUAUUUUCUCAGAUGCUGACUCGGCUGCGCCGGGUCCCGCAACCGGUGGACCGACAAAGGGCUGGGAAAGCAUUGGGUCAAUCCGGGAUCGCAAGAAAGAGAAUGAAGUGGAGGCGAAGCCAUGGGCAGGAGAGACUUUGAAGGUUGGCAAGAAGGCUGCGCCGGCCCAAAAGAUGGCAAUCUUCAGAGAUCAGUCAAAUCCAGAUUUUCCUUCCAAAAAGCCAAUGCAGCCCACAGAAGUACCCGAGCAUCAUGUAAGGGAAGCCGUUAAUCCGCGAACCGGCCGACGAGAACGUGUAUUUGUCGACCUGGAAUCCGUAUACCCUGACCGCACAAACCCUACCCACGAGAUGAGUUUUGAGGAGCUCAGGGCUAUCAAACGUGGAUGGAUGUACAAGGACUGGCGCAAGCAAAAGGAGCCUCUGCAGCAAAUUUCCGGAAACGCAGCCGGCUCCGAGGCUUUUCCAGUGACAUCACACCCACUUGAAGACUUACCAGGGCAUCUUGCCCAGAAUUUGACCAUAGAUAGCCAUUCACAAAUUCAAACUCAAGAUGGAAGCCAUGAAGACAGGUCCAGCAAAUCAAAUCGCAUCAAGGUCAAGGGAGAAACAGUCCAAACACAAACAGUCAAAAUGAACUUCGAUUCCCCAGCCAAAAAGAAGGUCCGACGAAAGAGUACUCGGGAACCGACAAUGACCAUGCACACUCGUGCAGCAACGGACGAGAUCUACAGCAUUUUCAAUCAACCAUUGAAAGCUGAAACAGAAGAUGACGCCGAUAGCUUUUGCGACAGCGAUUAUGAAGAUGAUGAUGCUGCUAGUACAGGAGAUAGUACAGGCACAGGACACAUCUCGGCGGCCUCAAGUGACUUUGGCGAUGAAGAGACUCAGACAUUCCACAAAUCUUACGACGACACUGAUUAUGCCAACACCACCCUAGCUGAAAGUGUCGAUGGCGAGGGAAGCGAUUGGACAGAAUUCAAUGCUGACCGCGAUAUUCCUGACAUCGAAAACACUGACGUUACCUCACGCUCUGUCGUCAAUGAUGAGGACGACGAAGAUGCAGAGAGUUCAACGCUUGGAACACCAGACAGAAAAGGAUUUGUGCCAGAAAUGCCUGACGACUAUGCUCCGCCUUGGGGAACCUACCGCGAUCCUGCGAUCAUGGCUCAGAACCGGCUGCCUUUCAUGACACCUAUUGUGGAGCGAACAGAAUGUUCCAUUCCUUCUUUGACAACUGCCCGCAACAGCAUUUACAACGCCAAGACACCUUCCAAGCCUCGAUCGCCAGCUCACGAUCUCCUACUUUCCAGUCCAUUUGGAACCAGCACACCAUUUCAAGGAGACCAUACCGUCACAUCCGCAACCGACGUGCCAUUCAGUCCUACAGCUUUCAAGGCACUUGCGCCUAAACUACAGAGGCGGGAAGCUAUAAUUAGAGAUUUACAGUGCAACCCGACUGACAAGGGCAUUCGCAACACGAUCCUCAAUUCUUUGGAGCCACCACUAGCCACUUAUACUGGUUACCAUGGCCAUGUUGAAGACAGCAACUAUGCUUCAAUGAUCCAAAAGUUUGUCAAGACUCAUACCAGACGAUCAAAAGGCGCCGACGACCAUGCACUCGACACACCUAUCCUGGAAUUCCCGGGGGCGGAACGAAGCUACAUCAUUCGGCGAGAGCUUGGAGCCGGUGCAUACGCCCCUGUUUACUUAGCUGAAAGUGUCGACAGCCUUGAAGCGUACGGUUCCGACUCCGACGACGGUGCAAGCCUUAUCAAAUCGCCGAACGCUUAUGACACACCUCGAUUCCCCUUCGAGGCAGUCAAGGUCGAAAACGGACCUUCGAGUGCAUGGGAAUUCUACAUGAUCCGCACAGCCUACGAUCGUCUUCGACAAUCCGUCGAUUCCCGAGCCACAGAUAGCAUUGUCCGUGCACAUGAGCUACAUGUACACCAACGGGAAAGCUUCUUAGUGGAGGACUACCGAGGACAAGGCACAUUGCUCGACCUUGUCAAUAUCGUUCGCAAUGAAUCUCUCAACUCGAAUCAUACAUCCGAAGGCGGUCUCGAAGAGGCCUUGGCAAUGUUCUUCUCCGUUGAAUUAUUCCGCACUGUUGAAGCUCUCCACGCAAAUGGAGUCCUACACGGCGAUAUCAAAGCAGAUAACUGCCUUGUCCGUCUUGACGAACCAAACUCCAACGAACCACCCGCUAAAGCCCUUUCCCUCCUCGACCUCGGUACCGAUGAGCCUUCCUUCGACCCCCGCGAAAGCAUUCACUACUCUGCAAGCGGCUCCCAUGGCUGGCAACAAAAAGGCCUCGCCCUAAUUGACUUCGGGCGCGGUAUCGACAUGCAAGCCUUCUCGCCCGCCGUCCAAUUUGUCGCUGACUGGGAAACUGUCACUCACGAGUGCAACGAAAUCCGCGAGAAACGACCAUGGACGUACCAAAUCGAUCUAUACGGUAUCGCAGGCGUCAUUCACGUCCUGCUCUUCGGCAAAUAUGUCGACUCCACACCCGUAAAUGACGAAAACGCAUCGGCCGGAUCGCCCCGCACCUAUCGUAUUCGUGAAUCUUUCAAACGAUAUUGGGACCGCGAACUCUGGGCCGGUGUCUUCGAUCUCCUGUUAAACCCUGGUGCCGAACGCUGGCAGCGUAUCGAGCGUGAAAAUAGUCCUCCAGAUGCUUCGUCGUCGCUUUUUCUUCCUGUCUUGCAUUCCAUGCGUCAAGUUCGUCGUGGUAUGGAGGAGUGGCUCCUUGAUCAUGCUGAAAAGAAGGGUCUGGCGCUUCAGCUGAGGAAGAUCGAGGCGUUGCUUGCGGAGCGGAAGAAGAAAUUGGAGAGGUGA